AUGGAUACCAUGGAUACCGAAGAGCCGACUGUGUUACGGAAGGACCAGCUGGAGAUCAGUUUGGUCAAUGAAAAGAAGCUCAUUAAGGAGGGUACGAUCAAGGAUGAUAACCCUUUGGAUCUCAGUGAGCCAUUUCGUCAGCUUUGCGGUGCUUGCCGUCAGGGCGAUCUGAAAGCUUGCCAGGAGAAAAUCACCGACGGCGUCAAUGUCAAUGCCCGUGAUCCUUAUGAUUACACUCCAUUGAUCCUAGCCAGUCUAUGUGGCCAUUAUGAAGUCGUACAGCUGCUGCUCGAGUCCGGUGCACUGUGUGAGCGUGACACUUUCCAAGGAGAAAGAUGUCUAUACAAUGCCCUAAAUGACCGGAUCCGAAACCUCCUUCUCGAAUACGACUACUCGAAAUCGACAGACCCUCUGCAACCGCUCGCCGCGCAUAUAACAUCCCUAUUAACACGAGAGUCUCCUGUGACAACCGAUAUCGUGGUGACUGCCUCCGAUCAAUCUUUACACCUGCACAAAUUCAUUCUCGCUGCACGUUCCCCAUACUUCCAUGGAAAGUUGGCAGCGGCCCCAGAAUCCGCAACAUGGAAGCUUCCCAGUACAAUUCCACCAGAGGCAUUUGGUGCCGCGAUAAAAUAUCUCUACUUUGGAGAAGCUCCUCGGGACUUGAGAAGUGGUCCAGGAACUGGCUUCACCGAGUCGGAAACAUUUGCUGGAGUGGACAAAGUCUCCAAAUACCUGGAAAUCCACAGUCUCCUGGAUAGUAUCCUAGACAGUGGAGACAAGAGACGUGCCCGGCAACGGAGAACCGACGAGAUCUCCAAGGGUCGGGAUCAAAUGGAACAAUGGUUCCAGACGAACGUCCUAGGCAACAAAAUGGAGGUAGAAACUUCCAAGGUGAACGAUGUGAAGUGGGAUCACAAUAACACAAUCUUCGCCGAUGUUCUUCUCAGGGCCGACGAACUCCCUGAAGAAGAGGAAGAUGAAGCUGAACCCCAGGUCAGCAAUGGAACACCUAGCUCGAUCCCUAUCGGCCCGACAGCUGUCGCGGAUGAGAAAACUGGCCAAGGAUCAAAGUCAGUUGUGUUCCCUUGUCACCGGGCGAUGCUUCUGCGAUCCGAGUUCUUCCAGACUAUGUUCACAUCUGCCUUCCGCGAAGCUCAUUUCAAAGAGCACCUGACAAUUAUUGACAUUGAUUGCUCACCGGAGGUUUUGGAGAUCAUUCUUACAUUCUUGUACACAGAAAGAGCUGAUUUUCCUUUGGAAAUUGCCGUCGAUGUGCUCUUCGCGGCAGACAUGCUCUUCAUUGAAAAGCUGAAGACAAAGGCUGCGGUGGUCAUAAGUACUCUGGGAAGUGCUGGAAUGUCGCAAGCGGAGGCUGCAAAGACCCGCGGAACUACCGACGAGGACGACAUUGAUAUCUACUCGAUUGUACGAGCUGCGUGGUUAACACGCGUGCAGCGACUGGAAGAAUUCGCUGCUCGAUAUCUCGCAUAUCGCCUCGAAGCUCACAUCGAUUCUCCCGAAUUUGCGGAAUUGAUCCAAGAAUCUGCAUCUCGUAUCAAAGCGAGACAAGAGACCGAUUCUAUCGAAAUGUUAGAUGAUAUCCGUUUCUAUCUUGGAGAACGGUUCAGAUUGAGAUUCGACGAUGCGGGUCUUGAGGAGAUGAUGGAUGAGGAGGUGCCACUGGAGGUUGAGGAGGAUAUCACGAAGCUUGCCGAAGGUGUUGAAGCACUGGAUGUUUCCAAGCAGUCAGCUCCAAUUGCCGUAAAACACAUGCUGCAGCAGGCGCCCGUUCUGGAACUUCGAACUCUGGACGGUGCAAUCGUUGAAGAUGAAUUCGACGAAGAUGCGAUGAAUCAUCAGAUCUUGCUUGAGAAACUGGAUACUCUGCUGGAGAAACUCAAUUUGGAGGCUUAA